AUGAGUGGCAAACAGUCAUAUGCUGGGGAAGUUGCAGCUACAGCCGAUAGAUACAGUAAUCAUUUUGAAAGUGAUGAGGAGAUAAAGGCCUCAAAACAGAAAGGGACUCCACCCCUAAGGAAGGCUACAGGCUAUCUGAAUAAAUCCCAUGGUCGAAGGAGAAGGUCCGAUAGUUUAAUAGGUAGAGUUCAAGGACAGGGGUUAAGGAGAGGUCGGGGAAACAGCCGAAAGAACAGCCAGGCAAGUGAAUCUAUAGACAUGAAGCAGCACGACAGCUUCACCACUCGAGUCCUGUCUGCAAGUCGGAACAGGAUCAAUGAGCUCCGAAAUAAGGUUGAAGAGCUUCAAAUAAAGAUCAGAGAGCUAGAACAAGAAAAUAAAAUGUUCAAGACUUUGCAGUUUAGGCAUGAAAAGGCAAUUCGAAACAUUAAAGACCAGGAGAGUGAUUUGCCCAUGAUUUUGGACAAACACAAUAGUGAAAUCAGGUCACUGAAGGAACAGAACAGACGACUCCGGGAGAAAUGUGAAAAGUCAGACAGGUUCUUGAGAGAUGCAGAAGAUGAGCUGGAGAAGGUGAAGAAGAAAAUGAAAAAGUAUCGAGAACUGGUUGAGGAUAAAGAGUUGCUGGAAAGAGAUGAUCUGAGUCGUAGAAUUGCAAAAGUGGAACUGGAAAUGGAGGAGAAGGAGAUUAAAAUUAAGGAGUUUGAAAGGCACAUAGAAAUAUUGAAGAAGAACCACAAGCAUGAAAUAGGAAUUGAAAUAGCCAGACAGAAAGAUUUAAAGAAACAGCUUGAAGAACUUAAAAAGAGGAACUCACAACUGGAGCAUCAGCUAAAGGAAAAAGAAAGGGCACUUGGUUAUCAAAAUUUGCAUAACCUUCAUAAGGGGAAGUCAUCAAGGAGUAAUUCACCAAACGGAAGUUUGGCCAGGAGAAUUGACCGAAAGGCAGCAUCCAUGACAGAGCUAUCUCUGCGAGAGAAGGCCAAAUUUUAUUCGGAGAGACAGCAAGCAGAUCUACAAAAACAACAAGAAUUAAAAGAAUCAAAGAAAGGAAAGAAACUUCAAAAACAGAAAGCAAAAGGGAGGAAUACAGCACAGAUGCGUCCUCCAGAGUUUCCAUUUCAGAGCACCAGUGGCAUACUUGUGGACUCAGGUGAUCAACGGGACAAGGAGAGACAAAGUGUAGUCAUGGAAACCACACAGAGGACAGGAAAGGAGUUGGAUACGGAAAGAGAGCAACAAGAUGCAGAUAAACAAGUGAAAUAUGGUAUCACCAAGGACAAAGUGACAACAGGAAGUUUGCAAGAUCAAGAACCUAGAAGAAUAAAAAGAGACAGGCUAGAAUCUGAAAGAAGUGACACUGGAGAAAUGCAGGAGACAUCUUUGUUUGAGACGACGGAAAAGAGAAAAGGGAAGACACAAGAGAAUAAGGAGAAAGUAGAGAGUGAUCUAGUCCUUCAGGCCGAACGAAAGAGAAAGGAUGAUCUGCUGAAGAGGCUCAAGGCCUUAGACGAAGCGAACAUCACAACUCCUGGAACUGUGGCUCCAGCAGCACCAUUCAAGAGUCACCAAGACAAACCUCAAGGGCUGGAUGUUUUUGAUGAACUGUCAUUUACCACAACCACCAGAAGUCUUCAAAUGUUUUCACUGGAGGGGACUAACACAGCCCAAGGGAAGACGUUGGAAAAAAGGUAG